UCCUGCUCUCUGCCCGGCCCGGGCACCGGAGCUGGAUCCCCGGAUCACCGCAAGGCUGUCCCGGUUGGUGUGUAGCGGUUCACGGAGCUGCGAAGAAAUAAACAGCUGCAAAAAGGUAUUCACCUUUCACACGGUGUCCCACCUGUUCAAGCGCACGUGCUUCUGUUUUCUCCUGGCUUAUCACGCAACCGGCAACAGGUUGCAUCCACCGCCGGCCCGGCUCACAGCUUUGUGGGCCCAUUUCACAUUAACAACUUGUAGCUGCUCCCUUUUUUGAACCCUAAAGUUAACUCAACAUGAUACAGAAAAAGUGUCACUUAUUCGGUUUAUGUUGUCGUCGGGGUGUAGGUUGAGUUACGUGCACGGAGCGGCCCUGCUGGGCGGAUCAGAGGACGGGACGCAGCAGGAGAAAGGUGGGCGGUGUCCGUCUGCAGCUCACCUGGGACAAGAGAGGCUACUCGCUGUCGGCCUGCCCUCCCAUCCCUCCAGCAGCUGCGUGUGGGCUCUAAGAAAUUUUGAUUUCGUUUUUUCCUUUUUAACUGUGUGGAAGAAUGAGCGCCUACACUGUGUCACUGCCCGGCCCCGGCCCAUGGGGCUUCAGGCUGCAGGGGGGGAAGGACUUCAACAUGCCGCUGACCAUCUCCAGGAUCACACCAGGGAGCAAAGCGGCGCAGGGCAACCUGGUCCAAGGAGAUGUCAUCGUUGCUAUUGAUGGAGUCAGCACAGAUGGGAUGACCCAUUUGGAAGCCCAGAACAAGAUCAAGAUGGCCAACUACAACCUUGCACUCACCAUGACCAAGUCCAAACGUCCAGUUCCAAUGCCAACACCAAGAAUGGACGCAGCUAUUCCCAUGAUCCCUCACCAACAGCCUCAGUCAGUACAGGUGAAUGGUCGCCUGUCAGCCUGCAGUGCCUCCUCGGGGCCUGUAGAGGCCGACUCUCCCGGGAGCAGGGUGGCGGUCAGCCCCAGUAAGAGGAAGCAGUAUAACUCACCAAUCGGCCUGUACUCAGAGGAGACUCUGAGGGAGAUGGCAGCCAUUCAGGCUGGUCAGCCUGCGGGUUCUCUCCCAGUUAGUGAUCACCUCAUAUACAGCGCCUCCCCGGUCUACCAGGCCGUCCAGACUGCAGAGAAGGACCCAGACCUGAGCGAGUUGGGCCGCCGCAGCGUAAACAUGCAGUCCAAGUCCUUCCGGGUCCUGGCCCACAUGACAAACACAGAGUCCUUACCAGGGGAGAAGGAGGAGGAGGAGGAUGUGGAGGAGGCGCUGAGGAGGAGCAGCCCUACUGGCCAUAUCCCAGCAGGCCCCGCCCCCUCUGCUCCGCCUGCUAGCGCCGUCAUGCAGCCUGUGGACCCUGCUCCUGCUCCAUCUGACCCUGCCCCUCAAAGCAUGUACAGUCAGCCUCCUGCCAUGCAUCAGCCUCCUGCCAUGUAUCAGCCUCCGCAUGUCCCCCCUCCACAACAGUACCAGCCAAUGCCACAACAGUACCAGCCAAUGCCACAGCAGUAUCAGCCAAUGCCACAGCAGUAUCAGCAGCCCCCCAUGCAGCAGGCCCCGCCCACUCAGCAGAGCUCCAUUCAGAUCCCUCUUGGCGCCGCUCCUCCCAAGGUUGUCAGCACUGCCUGCAUCUUCCCCGCUCAGCCAGCUCAAGCUCCGGCCCCACCUCAGCCCUGCCCCCCGGCUGCUCCUCCAGCUGGUCCUGACUCCUCCAACAGACCUCCCUGGGUGGCAGACACCAACUUUGCCAACAAGUUUGACCCCAGUAAGAUGACUACCACCAUGAAGAUGCAGACGCUGCCCCAGGCCGCCCCUCCUCCACCAGCAUACAUCCCCAACCCAUCCCCUGCCGCACCUGUAGCUCCCAGCCCCGCUCCAGUGACACCAAGUCCUGCCCCCUUCUCGCCUGUAGCCAGGGGCGUGGCUCAGAGGGCAGAGAGGUUUGCAGCCAGCAGCCGUACGCCUCUGUGCGGAGCCUGCAACAGCGUCAUUCGGGGCCCCUUCCUGGUGGCCCUCGGUCGAUCCUGGCACCCGGAGGAGUUCAACUGUCACUACUGCCACAUGUCUCUGGCUGACGUCAGCUUCGUGGAGGAACAGAACAGCGUCUACUGUGAGAACUGCUACGAGGAGUUCUUUGCUCCCACCUGCGCCCGCUGCAACACCAAGAUCAUGGGGGAAGUAAUGCACGCUCUGCGGCAGACUUGGCACACCACCUGUUUCGUAUGUGCCGCCUGUGGUAAAGCCUUCGGAAACAGCCUCUUCCACAUGGAGGACGGAGAGCCGUACUGCGAGAAAGAUUAUAUCGCACUCUUCAGCACUAAGUGUCAUGGAUGUGACUUCCCGGUUGAAGCGGGUGAUAAAUUCAUCGAGGCUCUGGGUCACACCUGGCACGACACCUGCUUUGUCUGUGCGGUUUGUCAUGUGAACCUUGAAGGCCAGCCUUUCUACUCAAAGAAAGACAAACCUCUGUGCAAGAAGCACGCUCACGCCAUCAACGUGUAGACGAACAAGCUGCACAUCUGGAGCUCGGGCCGUCUGGCCUUCUAUGAACGCAAGCCGACAACAACUUUUACAGACGUGUGUGUUAAUGUUAACACUCUUUAUACACUUUGGUUUGAGCAGAUUUCUUUGUGCAUUAACAUUAAGAUUAUAACAACGCUGCCUGAUGAUUCAUAUGUCAACAAAGUCAUGAUUUGUUUCUGAUGUCCUUCCAACCCUCUUCAUGAUGUACUGUAGUGUGUCUUUCUCAUGUUUCCUUCCAGAGACGGUGUGUUUGAUGUGACCGGGUGCUGUUCAGUUUAAAUACAGAGGAGUGUUCAUGAAGCCUGUAGUGUGCCAAAUGAUCAAAUUUAAAUGAUUUCUAUUUUGGACUAAUCCCUGCUGUACAUGUCUGUGUCUUUGGACAGAAUGUAUCUCAUAAAGAAACAAAAGUAGAUUUAAAUAAUUAUUUGUAUAUCUUUGAUUACUCCAACUUUUAGAGGUUUUUGAAUAUGUAGUUUUGAUAACCUUUAAAAAUCAAUAUUGUCAUUACAUUUAAUUUUUUUUUUUCUUUUUUUUUUUUCCAGAAUAUGGAAAUAGAAAAAUUGUCAGAUCCAAACCCAUUUCUAUUUCCUUAACGUUACUUUUAAAUUAUGAAAACGUACAAAUACAUUUGAAGAAACUGAGAAAUAAAGAUUAUUACAGAGGCACACUUGAGACUCCAUAGGUGUGAAUUACACAGCGGAUGUUUGUUUCCAGAAUACUGUUCCCAUGAUGUCUCCGACUCUCCUAAGCACUGUGCCUGUUUGAAGAUAGAUUUGUUUAGGCCUUUUGAAGGCUACCUUGUUUUUUUCACUUUACUAACAAGAGUAUUUUAUUCAUAUCUGAUCACUUCUUGUUUUGAUUUUUUUAAUUGGACGACACGACUGUGUCUGCUCCCAGUCUGGAUCAGUCUUUGAACCUAACUCAGACUACUGAUGACAGAUAUGAGGUAGUGGUCUAGACUACAGUGGUCUGACUACAGCUGUGUUACAGUGAACUAGAGCAGUGAAGCCUUAUCUGAUCUGUGUCUGACAUGUUGUUAGAGGGGAGAAUGGCAGUGAAUGUAACACGACCAGGUUACCAUUUUCACAAGCCGCACUCACACAGCAGGUGAACCUGUGUGAAAACUACUCCAAGUGCACCGUGGUACUGUGGAGGACCCUGGUCACUCCAAAACCUAACCCAGUACAUUUGAUUCAGUAAUACCUCUAUCUAGAGAAGACCAUAUAGAGACACAAAAUGAAAAACAAAAAGACAGACACAAUAAGCCAUUUUUUUCAAAAGAUGCAAAACAACUUUAAAAAAGUUCAAACUUUGACAACAAAGAGAAACUGCUUAAAAGAGACAAAAGCAAAAAAAAAAAAACUUUAAAGGAGUUAUAAACCACAUUAUGUAGGCUUCAACGAGACGAACAGGAUUUAAAAGAAAUGCAAAACUACAAAGCAACAGAAAAUCAGAACAUAUGGCAUAAUGUAAAUAAAGAGAAACCCCCCCACCCCCUCCUUAAAAUAAAAUUAAUAAUAUUUUAAAAAGACACAUUGAAUUAAUAUGAAGAGACCGAGACAAAAAACAACAACAAGAGAGAUCAAUGAGCACAAACACAUGAAACAAACACAAGAACUUUAUGGACUCAUAGAUCAUAGCAACCACAAAAUAUCAAUUUUUUUGUUAUAAGCAAAAUUCCCCCCAAAGAGACAUAAACAAAAAAAAACACAUUGAUUUAAAAGAGACUCAAACAAACAGAAACAGGUAACUAGAGAGCCACAUUUACCGCCACUACACAAACAUCUUCAAAGUUUCCUCGAUUCACUUUUAAAGAGCCAUCUCAGACCACGGCGCAUAAACCGUCCACAAAGAGACAAAAACGAUCUGAAUGAGACACAAAAACUACAAAGAGACAAAAAGAGCUCAAAGAGAGGAGCUCACACAGCUUCUAGAAUGGACUUCAAACAAUGCUAGCAGCUGAUGAGUGUAUGCCAGCCACAAUAAGACAAAAUGCUUAUUUUAUUUAUUGUACGAGUCAGGUCGUACUUUCUCUAUGUCAUAGGGCAGAUCAGAUUAUGAGUUUGAUUGUUGCUUCAUAGCUUAAAGGACUUGUUUUCUGCGACAGAGUAAAGAUGUGUUUGGAGCAGAUUUUUCAGGUGAACCUGUUCAGGUGAGGCUGCUGCAGAGUGUUGACUGUGUCUGAUGAUGUGAUUUGUAACUAACAAUCCCUCUUUGAGUUCACUUAGAGUAGGUGUUACUAUGCAAGAAAUAACCUUGAAUUUCAUAUUUAUUGAUUCUUUUGACCGUGUGCUAUUUAUUUAAAAGCUAAUAUAUCAUCACUGCUGCGUUCAGUGCUCAUGACAUAAUUAGCUUCUUUUUUUUUUGUGAAUGUUUGGCAUCACAAGAUGUAUUUUGAGAGUUGGUACAUUUUUUUGUAACUAUUCCGUUAAUGUUUGUUGCUUUCCUAAACUGUAAGGGUUUGAAUGUUUAUUACACUGGCUUUUUUUUUUUUUUUUUACAACAUCUUAUUACUCCUGUCACACUGCAGGCCUUUAGACUGUUUGCUUGAAGAAGUGAAAUUGUCAGUUUAAAAACAUUAUGGGGAAUUUGUCAUUCUCCUCAAUGCAACUGUUGUGUUUUUUUAGCAGCCCCUGGUGGCCAUUAGAAGAAAUUCAUCUUUAAAGACAACUUGCUGGUGCAUUUUAAACCUUUCUUUAUUUGCUCUAGGCUCGUGAAUCAUGGUCUUUCUAUCAAAUAAAGGCAAAAGAAUUGCCUUAACAUAAUCUUAAAACAUGUUAUCAGUGGAAAAGAACAGAGUGUAAACAGAGUCUCAGAUACAACAGACUUGAUGAUUGGGAGGAGAAGAACUUUUGGUUGAAGAAAAUUGUUUUUCUUUUAAGUCAAAUGACUUCAUCACAAGUUUUUGUGUGGAAUGUUGAAUGUUGAGUUACGUCUCCCCGCAGGGUUUUGUGCCUUAGGCAUCCAUGUGAUCCGUUUGUCUGACCGGCACACAGACUCAUCAGCUGUGUGCUGGUGUACAGUUUUUACUUUGAAUAUUUUAUACAGUUUUUCAAAGCGUGAAUGUGUGCAUGCAGAACGUUUGUCAGUGUUUGUCACGGCAUGUUGAUGGAGUCAGAAUUAGUUAGGAAACGAGAGGUGUAGUUUAACAAUGUUCUAAGACUUUGGACUGGUUUUAAUGAUCUGUAAGUGAAAACUUUAUUAACGUCACAUUAUGACUAAAAAGCUGAAGUAACAAUGAGACCCUGUUGGUUGUUGCUACUUCACUACAUUUGUUUAACAGCUUUUUAAAUAUUUGAAGAAUAUAUGUGUUGAAAGUUGAAUAAAUUGAGCACUUCAAAUACCUGA